ACGCAAGGCGCCGCCAUGUCUUUUGAGGGCGGCGACGGUGCCGGGCCGGCCAUGCUGGCUACGGGCACGGCGCGGAUGGCGUCGGGGCGCCCCGAGGAGCUGUGGGAGGCCGUGGUGGGGGCUGCCGAGCGCUUCCGGGCCCGGACGGGCACGGAGCUGGUGCUGCUGACGGCUGCGCCCCCCCCGCCCCCCCGCCCGGGCCCCUGCGCCUAUGCAGCCCACGGUCGAGGGGCCCUGGCCGAGGCUGCCCGCCGCUGCCUCCACGACAUCGCCCUGGCCCACCGGGCUGCUGCCGCCGCCCGGCCCCCCGUGCCCCCACCAGCACCACAGCCGCCCAGCCCUGCACGGAGCCCACCCCGGCCUACCCUGGCCAGGGAGGAAGAUGAGGAGGAUGAGGACGAGCCAACCGAGACAGAGACCUCUGGGGAGCGGCUGGGCGUCAGCGAUAAUGGAGGACUCUUUGUGAUGGAUGAGGAUACCACGCUCCAGGACCUGCCCCCCUUCUGCGAGUCAGACCCUGAGAGCACGGAUGAUGGCAGCCUAAGCGAGGAGACCCCUGCUGGGCCCCCAGCCUACUCAGUGCCCCCGGCCUCAGCCCUGCCCACACAGCAGUACGCCAAGUCCCUGCCCGUGUCCGUGCCCGUCUGGGCCUUCAAGGAGAAGAGGACAGAAGCUCGGUCAUCUGAUGAGGAGAACGGGCCGCCCUCCUCGCCGGACCUGGACCGUAUCGCGGCGAGCAUGCGCGCGCUGGUGUUGCGGGAGGCCGAGGACACUCAGGUCUUCGGGGACCUGCCGCGGCCACGGCUCAACACCAGCGACUUCCAGAAGCUGAAGCGGAAAUACUGAGGCCCGGGGAGCUUCCCGGCCCGGCGUCCGCCCCACACCCACACACACUACACCCCUGCCCCGCCUCCGGGGCCCGCCAAUCCGAGUCAGAUCCGGGACCGGCCUCCCGGGCCACCAGGAUUGACCAGCCCCUGCCAACCCCUGCCGCCCUUCCAGCCCACGACCGCUCCCGCGCGGAUGAGCGAGGCCUGUCCAGUUUCCCGAUUGGGUCUGUUUUCUCUAUGCCCAGCGACAUAUUCUUUCUAUUAAGGGAUUGUCUCGCUCCCCGAUCGGGGCGUGGCUAGUUGGCCAACACCGUCGUUUUCUGCCUAGCAACAAGGACUUUGCUCGCACGGCAUUGGCUCCAUUCCUGAAAGAGCACAGUCAAGCUCCAGGAUUGGGUAGUGGCCCUCGACUUCUUCACAGUGAAUGGGCAGCUCCUUCACUUGAUUGGCUCGAACACUGUAAAGGGCUUGACCAAUCUCCCGAGAGAGCCAUCACCCUUCCUGAGUUCCCUCUCCUGAUUGGCUCCACUUCUGGGGGCUUGGCCAACCCUCUUCCUGUGCCCAGGAUUGGCCUGUGGCCUUAAAUUUACGUUCUUUACACUACUGGGGCUGGGGUCGUCUUUUGCCGAAGUCCUGACAAUUGUCCCUCUGGCCCCCUCAGGGAUGGCCCGAUCCUGUUCCUGCGUCUGACACCCUCUCAUUGGUUCCAUCCCACAACAGCCUGCCAAUCAAACCCGUCCUUGCAUCCAGGACGUUACCAGCUCCCGCCCCUCUCCCCCCACCCCCACAGGUGCCUUAAAGGGCCCUCGUCCACCCAAGGUGGGGGGCAGGGGGCCUCACUCUCCGGCCCUGGUGUGGGGGAGAGAGUGGGGGGUCGGGAUCGGGAGUUGGGAGGGGCGCUCUGAGAUUAAAGAGUUUUAUCUCUGA